AAAAUAUUCUUUUCGGUUGUCGACCUGGACAGAAUCCUACUCAAGAGGAUAUAGAAAGGGUUUGUCGAGAAGCAAAUAUUCAUGAUUUUAUUGUUGGAUUACCUAACGGCUAUGACACAAGUGUUGGUGGAAAAGGAACACAACUUUCUGGUGGUCAAAAACAACGCAUUGCUAUCGCCAGAGCACUUAUCCGAAAUCCAAAAAUUUUAUUACUCGACGAAGCAACGUCAGCAUUAGAUUCCGAAUCUGAAAAGAUUGUACAAAAAGCUCUUGACGUAGCUGCCCGCGGAAGAACAACUUUGGCUAUUGCACAUAGACUAUCAACAAUUCAACAUGCUGAUGUUAUAUUUGUCAUAAAAGACGGAAAAGUUCAUGAACAAGGCACACAUCAAGAAUUAUUAAACCUAAAAGGAACAUAUUAUAUGAUGGUGCAAGAACAACACUUGGGAGAAUCAAAUUCAUAA